UCCCCUUUGCUCGUUCGACAAUAACACAUAUUUCACCCGCCGUUGCAGCAUUUUACCGAGCAAGGCUCCCCAUAUCGCGCCAUGUCCGGCCCUUCAUUGCCCCGUAUCAACACCACGAAUACCAGCGGCGAGAUCACAGAAUCCAGCGGCGACGAACACUUCUCCUCGGCCUCCGAAGGUUCGCCCAAUCCAAAACGCCUCAGCAACGAUGGCUCCCUGUCGCCAAUUCCUAUCACUCGUGUCGAGCGCGUAGACGAUACAGCUGCCCACGGCGAGGUUCCAGGUACUCCUGCCUACGCGAUGCGGACGCAAGACGCAGUGCCCGACGAGGUGGAGGUGGUUCCGGAAGGCCAACGGCCGCGGUCUGGAACUCAGAGUAGAUCUCGGUCACACUCCGCGGUCUCUGCUAGCAGCCGGCCGGAGACUCCUGGCGGCUCGCAGAUACCCAAGACCGUGGUAGAAAGAGUCGACGACAAGCCUGCGUACGGCGAGGUUGAUGGGACACUGGCGAAAGAGAUGCGGAGGGAGGAUGCUGAGCCGGAUGAGAUGAGGACACUCGACGGUAGCAGUCAACGAGCGCCUGGAGACUCGCAAAUAGAGCAAGAUCCGGAAGACCAGCAGGCAUGGUUUCGAUCAAUGUGGGAGGGCAAAGCAGUCACUGAACAGCCCGCACCGACACCAGACGAUGCUUCGAAUGAUGCCGACCAAGAUGACGACGAUGAUUUCGGAGACGACUUUGACGAAUUUGCAGAGGAGGCAGAGGACGAUGACUUUGGAGAUUUUGAUGAAGCAACUCCUUCUGCGGAGGCUGCUCCUCCGUCAGUACCAGAGCCUCAAAGCGUUUCAACACAAAACAUACUUGCAGGACUUCCUCCCAUCGACUUCUCGUCACAAAUGUCCGCUUCAGAUCUCGAAGGCACCAUCACACCCUACCUAGACAUGAUCUUUCCAGACACCGAACCGCCGCCCGCAAAUCUACCUCCUCUCGACAUGGCGAACAGCUCUCCAUUCCUCUCAGAGCGCUCUCUUUCCUUGUGGCAACAAUUGGUAUCUCCACCACCAAUGCAGCCACCGAACUGGACCCGCAGCAGGAUCCGACGACUAUUCUUGGUAUCCCUUGGAGUGCCAGUAGAUCUCGACGAGAUUCUGCCACCGUCGAAACAGAAACGCCUUGUGUUACCGAACAUUAAUCUGGUCUCUCCGCGCGCAUCAACAACAGCACUGGACCGCAUCAAGCAAGGAGGCGCUAACGACUCCUCGACCUCUGUUGAUUCGAAAACCGGAGCGCCGAAACGCUCAAAACGUCAAGGGAAUACCAGGGGUAUACAACCUCCGCCGGACUUCGAUGCCAAUGCUGCUGUGUUGAUCUGUCGUACGACUGACGAGGCAUUGCACGGAUUCGAUGACGAUGAGCUGAAAGCGCAUCUCUCGACGCUUGAAGACUUGAAUCGGAGGUCCAGUAGUGUGCUGGAAUACUGGCUGCAAAGGAAAGACGAAGGGCUGAAGGAGAAGGAGGCUCUUGAAGUCAAGUCCGCACGAGAUCACACUCCGCAUACCGAAUUGGCACGAGAAGCGACGAUGCUGCCGUUGGCGCGAACAGCCAACGGGUCGCGAUAUCGGUAUUGA